GGCGGGGGAUUUCCUGGGCGGAAGCGGCGGAGGCGGAGGGGGUUUCCACUGGUGACCCGAGCGCCGUACCUCGCCGCAGUACCCCCGACGCCGUUACCGGAGCGCUGUACCGUCCGCUUCCCCCGGUUGCUAUCCCCGGCGUGGGCGUGGGCGAGGAGAGGAGAGGAGAGGAAGCCUCGGAGGUGGACCAUGAGGAAGCCAGCCGCGGGUCGGCGGUUCGAGUCCCGCAGAGAGGCGCCGAGGAGCGCCUGAGGUGAUUCAUGUCAUGUCAGCCGGACGCAGCGUUGAAGGGAGGGAGGUGCAGCUUCCCCUCCAGCAGGUGGCGCCCUCCCUCGUUCCGCCCCUGUCCGCCGCACCUCCCGUCGGCCCCCCCCCAAACCGGCCGGCCAAUCCCUGGCCUCCGGGCGACUCUUCGCAAGGUGCGGCGGCGGGCUUCCUGCCGCAGGACGGCGGCUUCACGGAUCGCUUCGUGGACGUCCCCGAGGAGAAAUAUCGCUGCGAGUCGUGCCGGCUGGUCCUGUGUCAGCCCAGGCAGACCGAGUGCGGACAUCGCUUCUGCCAGAGCUGCAUUGCGCACAUACUCAGCCGUCCCAACCCGGUGUGUCCGGCCGACAUGGAGCCGCUGUUCAGCAACAAGAUCUUCCGAGACGUUUGCUGCCAUCGGGAAAUCCUGGCGUUGAAGGUGUACUGUCGCGCCGAAGCCAAAGGCUGCCAGGAGCAGAUGAGUCUGCAGCAAAUGCCCGAGCACCUGAACGUGUGCCCCUUCUUCGAGGUGCCGUGCCCGCUGGGCAAGUGCAAGGAGAGGAUGAUGAGGAAGGACAUCCCGGAGCACCUCGGCCGGAAGUGUAAACACAGAGAGACCGCCUGCGACUUUUGUCUCGCCAAGAUGCCGCUCACGGACCUGCAGAAGCACAAGGAGACGGUGUGUCCCGCCUUCCCGGUGUCGUGUCCAAACCUUUGCUCCUUCUCGUCGCUGCCCCGGAGCGAGCUGACCAGUCACCAGCACGAGUGUCCUAAAGCUCAGGUCAGCUGCCCCUUCCAGCGCUACGGCUGCGCCUACAAGGCGCUGAGUCCGGAGGUCCGACAACACGAGGCCGCUUGUGCCGCCGAGCACCUGAGGAUGAUGAUGCUCAAGAACGUCUCCCUGGAGAGCAAGGUCGAGGAGGUGAAGUGCGAGCUGUUGGACAAGUACAAAUCUGUUCCUCUCGUGAGUUCUCGUCUUUGCGAGGCUGAGAAGCAGAACAGCGAGCUGAGGGACAAGCACAGACACAUGGAGCAGAAGGUGGCCUCCAUGCAGAAGGUGAUGAGCGCUCACUCCGAGAAGCUUCUGGAGGCGGAGCUGGAGCUUCGUUCUCUGGCGUCGCUGCGGGACGAGCUGGACAAGGUCCGUCUGUCCCUGGACGCCGUCCGCGCCAGGCUGGGCGCUCUGGAGCAAGGAGGACGCUCCGGAACCGGAACGCUCACCCUCGCCUCACUGGAGACUCAGCAGAAUCGUCACGGCGACAUGCUGAGCGUCCACGACAUCCGGCUGGCCGACAUGGACCUCCGCUUCCAGGUUCUGGAGACGGCCAGCUACAACGGCACGCUGAUCUGGAAGAUCCGCGACUAUAAGCGUCGGAAACAGGAAGCGGUGGCGGCCAAGACUCUGUCGCUCUACUCGCAGCCUUUCUACACGGGAUACUUCGGCUACAAGAUGUGCGCCCGCGUCUACCUGAACGGAGACGGCAUGGGCAAGGGCACGCACCUGUCGCUCUUCUUCGUCGUCAUGCGCGGCGAGUACGACGCGCUGCUGCCGUGGCCGUUCAAACAGAAGGUGACCCUGAUGCUGAUGGACCAGGGUCCGGCGCGCAAGCACCUGGGCGACGCCUUCAAGCCGGACCCCAACAGCAGCAGCUUCCGCCGUCCCGCCGCAGAGAUGAACAUCGCCUCCGGGUGUCCGCUCUUCGUCUCGCAGAGCGUCCUGGAGUCGGCCAGCUACAUCAAGGACGACACCAUCUUCAUCAAGGUUACCGUGGAUACUUCUGACCUUCCUGAUCCGUGACUGUGUGCCGUGUGACUCGGCCGCGCCCGCUCGGCGAUGGGGGAGGAGUCCGUUCCAGACGACCGAUGGCGGGAGGGCGCGUCUUCCUUCUUCCGAUUGGCUGCUUGUGUGCGCGACAUGCGACGUAACCCCGGCGAAGACUCUUGUGCCGCGGGGCGAGGCCGUCGCGUGACUGAUGCUGUGCAUCGAGCUUGACUUCCCGUUUGGCAAGGCAUGCCGGGAAAUUCACGCCAGGAGCCGAGGAGCGCGGAAGCGUCGUUCGCCACGCGUCACGGAGUCGCGGCGACGUGGAUGUCGGACGUCUGGACGUUUGUUCCUGUGUGGACUUUUCACACGAGUCCCCCAAAAAAGAAAGACUUGCAGGUGUUGUUUUUGUUGUUGUGUUCGACAGGAAUAAAGAAAGUUCCCUACGA